UUGUAUUGCACGUUAAAGAGGAUUGCCAGUGUGUGUAUGUGUGUGUGUGAGAGAGAGAUAGAAAGGGUGUGAAAGAGAGGGCGAGAGAGGGGUAAACAUGGAUACGAGAUUACUCCCGAGUUGUAAACUGCUCUCUGACUAAACACUACUAUUUUCCCAGAUUGACUCUAAAUCCAGCACGGGAUUAUGCCCAGCGCCAAAGUGUCUGUGCGAAGUUUAUCUGAAGUCGAGAAAUACCUCAACAGCCGGAUGGUGGACCGGAGCGGGGAGGGCAGCACUCUGAGCAUCUCAGUGCCAAUGCGUCGAGGUUCCUCAGAGAACAACCUGGACCUGGACCUGAGUGACGGAGGUCCUGGUCAUGGUUUGGGCCAGGAGGUCCAACGCAGCCGCACUUGUCUGGACAGCCUCCAGCAGAAGAUACUCAAAGUAACGGAGCAGCUAAAGAUCGAGCAGACGGCACGUGAUGAGAACGUAGCUGAGUACUUGAAGUUGGUGAACAGUGCUGACAAGCAGCAAGUGGGCCGCAUAAAGCAGGUGUUUGAGAAGAAGAACCAGAAGUCAGCUCAAAACAUUGCCCAGAUGCAAAAGAAGCUGGAGCAGUACCAUCGCAAGAUGAAGGACACUGAAAGCUUCCACAGCCCCUCUCCCCCUCAUUCCUCAUUUGUCAAGCACAGCACCAUACCCAGGGAAUCACCCAAAGAGCUGCUGAGGGAUAUGACAGGCAGCGGCAGGCAUCCAACCAUGGACAAGAUCAAGACUAUUGGACCAGGUGUUUCCCUUUCCCCUCCUUUCUUCUUCAGUAAAUCCAGAGAGUUUGCCAACCUCAUCAGGAACAAGUUUGGCAGUGCUGACAACAUCGCCCACCUCAAGACCACCAUGGACACUCCCUCUCCAUUUCCCACUGACAGUGCAGGGAAGGGGCUGAGUGGCAGUGCUACCAUGGUGGGCAAGCCCAAGUAUCCCAGUGAUGAUGAGUGCUCCUCGGGUAGUGCCUCCAUAUCAGCAGACAGUAAUGGGAACCCAUUACUGUUAGGGGAGCAAGCACAAGGCCAAGGCCAUGGGCAGGGGCAGGAGGCAGGGGCAGACAGCCAGAGCAGACUGGCCCUGAGCCUGGAGGAGGUGAGGGAGAUCCGGGAUGCCCAGAGCCAGCUGGAGGAGGACCUGGAGGAGCUCAAAGCCCAGUUCAAGAGAGAGUAUGGCAUCAUCAGCCAAACACUGCAGGAGGAACGAUACAGGUAUGAACGUUUAGAAGACCAGCUGAAUGACCUGACAGAGCUUCAUCAGCAUGAGAUGUCUAAUCUGAAGCAGGAGCUGGCCAGCAUUGAGGAGCGAGUGGCUUACCAAGCUUGUGAGAGAGCUCGGGACAUACAGGAAGCCCUAGAGUCGUGUCAGACGCGAGUGUCCAAGCUGGAGCUCCAGCAGCAGCAGCAACAGACAGUCCAGCUGGAGAGCCGGGACGCCAGAGUCCUGCUGGGGAAGAGCAUUAACAUCAUGCUGGCCAUCAUUACCGUCAUCCUGGUGUGUGUCUCCACCGCUGCCAAGUUUGCCGCCCCACUGAUGAGGAGUAGACACCAUGUGAUAGCAACCCUGCUGGGUGUGUGCUUUUUGGCCAUAUUCUGGAAGAACUGGGACCGUUUACAGUGUGCCGUAGACAGGGUGCUGGUGCCUGCCUGAUGGCGAGGGGACCAUGUUGAAAAGACGGUUAACGUGGAUGCUGUUGGUUCAGGAUAGGACUGUCUUAGAGGAUUGGUUGUACAAUCGUCAGAAGACAAGAUCACUUUGCAUUCACAGACGCCAUGGUUAUUUAAAGUCGGACUGAAAAGAGAUACUGAUGAUUUUGGUUGUCUACAGCAUGAAUGUGUGUAACAUCGGUAACAUCUUUGUCUUAACUUUAUAUAUUAUAUUAUGUCAGUUUUGCCCCAUCGAUUGGUUCAAAUUAAUCACCUUAGGGCCAAUCACCAAUGUAAUCACCAAUGGCCAGUCUUCUCCCAAAGGGCCAAAACAUCAGUCCAAGCAUGUUACCAUUGUGUUGGCUCCAUAAUGUAAACAGAAACCACUUCUCUGAUGAUUUUGCUUGUUUACAACAUGAAUGUGUCUAACUAACAUCUUUGUCUUAACUUUUAGAAUAAUAUUUAUAUCAGUGUAUUUUUUCGAUUUUUGACCUGGGUUCAGAGUAAUCACCUUAGACAUGAAUGGCCAAUUCAAUAAUUAGUAAUCAUGAGCAAUAAUACACUCUCACUGUCACAUUUGAUUGGCCAAACUUUUGCAGCAAGUGACUCACUUUUGGGGGAAACAUUCCAUAGUAGAGGGGACUAUUGAAAUUUGGCAAAUGAUAAUUGCACUUGUCGUGUUUUGUUUUCAGUCCGACUUUAACCUCCAUCAAAUUGAUGCAAAUGUGCACAUGCACACACACAAAUAAACAACACAACCUCAAGCUUGGUGCCCUCCCAGUCACAGCCACAGGAAGCGAGUGUGUUGGCAUCACAUUUAUCUAAAAAAAUUUACAAGGACAAGAUCAGUGGACUGUGAUGGACAUUCUGUUUUGUCAGUGAGUUUGUUUAUUUGUUUGUUUUAGGUUCACACAUUGCUAUUCUUUAUUGCCUUCUCUGUUCGAUUUGGUCAUUCAUCUCUUAAAGUUGUUCUGUUUACUGUUUCUGAUUUUUUUUAAAAGUGCAAUAUAUUUGAUUUCUUAGACAACUAUCUUAAAAAAUGUUUCUUUUAGGGCAGAAUGUUUUGUGUCCAUGUUUAGAGGAGUGACAGGGUGUUGCCAGGGGUGGGUAAGGGAGUGUCAUUAAUGUCAGCGUGAGAGAUCCAUAACCACUGAGACCACUGUCGGGCUGUGAUAAGACCAGCUGUCUCUUCUCUCAAAGGGCCAAAAAUCAAUUCAAGUGCAUUACCAUUCUGUUGGCUCCAUAAUAUAGACACAAACCACUUUUCAAAGCACCAACAUAUACACGACCAUACACACACACACACACUCAAAAUUAUGGAGUCAAUUACUUGGUUCUUUGUAUUUGCAUGUCUUAUGGUUUUUGUCCAGUUUAGAUGGUUGUCUUUUACUAAUAAUGUGAUUGAAAGGCGAAGGAUUACACUGUGAUACAAGCUGUUUCUCUGAGGAAAAUCGCAACUCUUAAAGAAGUAAUGAGUAGUCUUCAGGACGCAUGACAGAGGAGCACAUGAAAGGUGCUACAUGAAGGACCAGGAGUCUACUUUUUGGACUGACCCACGUCUGAGUUCAUGUUACACUUAUGAACACUGAUGUAGGAUCUCAUUUGAAAGUUAUGGACAAUUUUUAAUGUUUGUCUGCCAUGAUAACUCAAUCAUUUGUGUUGACGUUUGCCAUUGUCUGUAUCAAAUUCUCUUUGUUCCAGUUUUGACACAUCUGAGGAAGUUGUCCCUGUGGAACUGUGCACCUGGUUUACAUACUCAUUCAGCUCCGGUGCACUGUGUGAUUUAUCUGUUCUGUUCUCAUGUGCCUUUGUCUGACAAUGUUAAAUUAAAUUAAACACACGUUUUUAAUCAA